CAAGUUUCUACCGCUAGUGGGCGCUGUUGGAUGACGGUAAGCAUGUUGGAGAUUAAAUACAGAAUAGAGGAAUUGUGUAGCCGAACGUAAUUUUAUCACAUUUUCCACCAAUUUUAAACGAGUCAACAGAAACGCGCAUAGAGUAGUUUUAAACAGUGAUAUACGCCCGUUAAAUUGCGAAAGAUGAAAGUCACGGUAACCACAUUGUCGGAUGACAUCUUCACUUUGGAUGUUAGUGACGACAUGGAAUUGGUCGAUUUAAAAGCUCUGUGUGAAUACGAGUCCGGAAUUGGAAGUCAAGAAAUCGUCGUCAUGCACGAGGGAAGACCACUGUUGGACGAUAAGAAAGAUCUAAAAACUUAUGGCAUCAAGGAAGGCGACGUAUUACUGAUACAACAGAUUGUGCAACAAAGAAUGUCACAGGAUUCCGUUAAUCAGCAGCCUGGUCUUCCCCUUCAAUUGGAUUUUAGUGGACUUCAGCUUCCACAGACAUCCCGACCAGAAGACGAUCCAGUUUAUCUUAAAGAAAUGUUAUUGAGUCAUCCUGAACAACUUGCUCUUCUGAAACACAAUAAUCCAAGAUUAGCUGAUGCUUUGCUUAGUGGUGACAUAGAACGCUUUACGUCGGUACUUCGAGAACAACAGAAAGACCGAGCCGAGAAAGACAGACAACGUAUUAGAAUAAUGAAUGCAGAUCCAUUUGAUCCUGAGGCCCAACGUAUGAUUGCAGAAGAAAUCAGGCAACAAAAUGUUGAUUCUAAUAUGGAAGCUGCAAUGGAAUAUCAUCCUGAAAGUUUUGGUCAAGUUAUUAUGUUAUAUGUCAAUUGUAAAGUUAAUGGACAUCCAGUAAAAGCCUUCAUUGAUUCAGGAGCCCAGACAACAAUAAUGAGUCAAGCUUGUGCUGAGAGAUGCAGCAUUAUGAGAUUAGUAGAUAACAGAUGGGCUGGCGUAGCUAAGGGAGUGGGAACUCAAAAAAUUAUUGGAAGAGUUCACUUGGUUCAGAUCCAGAUAGAAAAUGACUUUUUGACUUCAUCCUUUUCAAUUUUGGAAGAUCAACCAAUGGAUAUGCUGUUGGGUCUGGAUAUGUUAAAACGUCAUCAAUGUUCCAUUGAUCUAAAAAAGAAUAAAUUGGUAAUUGGCACUACUGGAACAGAGACACCAUUUCUCUCGGAAAAUGAGCUACCAGAAUGUGCACGGUUACAAAUUCCUCAAAUUCUAAAUGUACCAGCAAAUUCUCUACAAGAGCAAGAAGACAGACAGUUAGCUGAGGCACUGGCUAGGUCUGCCGAAGACGGCAACGUGCAAAAUGCUUCACCUUCACCUUCGACCGUAAAAUCGCAAAGGAUUUCUCUCGAGCACAAAGCCACUAGCUCUUCCUGUCCUGGGUCCCAGCCGGCCGAUAACUUCACGGAUAAUGACGUGCAAAGUUUGGUGAAUCUCGGCUUUCCUCGACAACAGGUCGUAGAAGAAUUGAGGAACUUUAACGGAGACACGACGCAAGCGAUGGCAUCCCUAUUUGCAAAAUCGUUAAAAUUACCUUGAUUUUCGUUGCACUGUAGUCCUGUGAAAUAGUGACUAUGUGAAAUGUGACCACGAAUCUCGUACACUUUCUGUAGUCGGUAUUAUUGCUAAAUCGUCGGCACAUUGCAUUAUC